UGUUAAUGCGCUACAUUCAGUCAGCAGGAAGGUUUCCACUAGGAUGUUCAUUAAACUUAAUGUUCCACAGACGCCCUCAUCCUCAGCUGUACCUAGUUGAUCAUUCGUCAUAGACGAAGGUUCUUUUUUAACCCUGUCGACAAGAAUAACAAUGCGUUAGAGGGCACGUACCAAACUUUCUUUCUUCACAGCAAUACCAAGGAGAUCGUAUCGCGUGCACAAGCAAAAACGAUCCUGUCGUGAAACACGGAGAUUACAUAAUGUUUGCUUGAUUUUCUUUUUUCAAAGGGAUAUUUUGAGUCACUGGGAAAAGGUUAUCAAAAGACUGGAUCUCGAGCAGAAUUUGAUUUUCUUUUCUCAGAAUUUACCGAGAGAUAACCUCAAGUUGACUGUCAGUGAUAAUAUCAACCUCUCAGCCUAGCUUUCUUCAAUAAGGAUAAAGCUGUUGUUUAUACGAUGAAUGCGAAGUAUUUUAUCUUUGGAUAAUUUCGAAACAGGGAGUGUUGACGUAACACAUCUAUACCGUUACAAAGGACAUCUAUAUUUCUGUAAUUUGAACGACAUCAGAAAAUGUGGAUGUAAAUCACGAAAUAUAACGCCUUUAAGUGUAUUGAUUUUAUUACUGUUAAAACAAAAAAGUCAAAUAAGACCACCGAUGGUCAGAAGAGCUUGCCAAACACAGGCUCAAGCUAUGUGAAAUUAAAACCACACAAUAUCGAUAAAUUAUUGAAUCUCAUAAUAGAUUCGUCAGUCGAGAUUUUAUAGAGACAUUGAAAUAUUCUGAGAAAAAUUAAUAUAAGGACGAAGGAUAAUUAAUGGUGAAGUGAAAUAUUUGAAGGAAACAUUGAGUGUGUUCUUUAACAAAGAACAGUUAUCAGCGAUACCAAACUUCUGUAAUUACAAUGGCAUCGAAAAAGAAUGUAUCGAAACAAGUGAAGAAACGUACUUUAAAUGUAGCUGACUGCUUCAGCGACGAGGAGGAAGAUUUUCAUGAUAUGAACAGACGUGGAUCGAAUAUGUCCUUAUCUAGAGUGCGGUCAUGCCCUCAGCUGCUAGAAGAACAAGAUGGUCGACAGACAAUACAAUGUUUCGAGAACAUUGUUGAUGAUAAUGUUAAUACUCCUCUGAUACAAGACUGCCGGUCUCCUCGAUCACCUAUGAUUGCUCAAGGAUUUCAAUUCGAACCGACAUGCGCGACCCCUGGAUCAGCCACACCAACACCACCGUCUUCACCCGGGAGUCAAAGAAGUUCUCUGUCUCAAAAAGAAACUCCGUCUACCCCUAAGCAGACCAAUUCCCCUAUAACGACGCCUAAAAUCAGGAGAGGGAGUUAUUCCUGGAGAGCUAACAUAAGUCGAGGAUCUUCAGUUGAUUCUCAUGAGGGCGAAGACAAAGACGUUCCAAAGGUGAAAGUCAAUAUACAAAUACCAUUAAGUAGUGAAAAUUUACAAAAACAUGAUCGACUUUCGAUGACACCACAACCAAACCUAAACAAUGACGAUAACAAAUAUUACGAUGCUCUACAAGCUGGACUUGCCUGUGACAAGAGUGUUCGUCCAAAGUCUUCUUCCCCACAAGCGCAAGGGGAAGGUGAACUUCAAAGCAAAUGUGAAAUGUGGUUACAAACUCUGAAUAUUUCACAGGGAGAUAAAAUUAAAUCCCGGAGUCAUAUACAACUCCCACCAUUAUAAUUUUUCCCAUUUUCAGGAUAUGUUUUGUUUUCUCCGGUGAAAUGCCAAAAACAGGUGUUAUAUAAUGACAACAUCAACGUAGUGGAUGCCCUUUCAAACCUAAGAUGUGUUUUAAACUUCAAAUAUAAAAGCCUUUACACAUUUA